UUGAGAUAGGUAUAAUCCUUCUCAACCUCCGAUCUGUUUCACGAUAGAAAAUGACGAAAUAAAAGGCUCUGAAGUGGCUGGCAAAUAUUAUAUUUUACCCUUACAUAAAAAUUAUUGUUCUGUAUAAGUACCUACUAGUGUAGGUUCCAGUCAAAACAAAGCAAAAAAUGACGCGAUUCCUGUUACUUCUCCUGUUACCAGCAUUGGCAUCGUGCAGGAUUUUAACAUCAGGGGACAUCCUGAGCAACGAAAUCAACGAUGAUGAUUGCAAUUUGCCAGAAGCUCUAAUAACAGAAAUUCGAUCCUUCGAAGAAACUGCCAAUACAAUUAUGAACAGCAUAUUGAAUGGGAAAUUCAAGGGUGCAACUUUUUCAGAAUUAGCCGAAUUCGUUGAUACCUUUGGAGCUAGAGUAUCUGGAACGAAAAAUUUAGAAAACGCCAUAGACUAUGUACUAGACAAAAUGAAAUCGAAUAAUUUGGAAAAUGUUCAUGGCGAAGAAGCUUGGGUGCCACAUUGGGUAAGAAAUGAAGAAACUGCCCAAAUCAUCCUACCAAGAAACAUAAACCUACCAGUGUUAGGACUUGGCGGUUCUGUUAGCACUCCAAAAGGAGGCCUUGAAGCUGACGCAAUUGUCCUAAACACCUUUGAACAACUGGACACUGAAAAUGUAACGGGCAAAAUUGUGGUAUUCAAUGAAGAUUGGGUGAGCUAUGCUGUUACUGUAAAAUUUAGAAGCAAAGGUGCAAGUGAAGCUGCAAAACGCGGAGCAGUUGCCACACUUAUCAGAUCAGUAACGUCGUUUUCAAUGUCAACUUUGCAUACUGGUUGGCAGCAGUAUGAAGAUGGGAUAACUGCGAUCCCUACUGCUUCUAUUACUAAGGAAGAUGCUUUACUUUUGCAAAGAAUUCAAGAUAGACAACAAAGAAUUCGCAUAAAAUUGAACCUGCAAUAUACCAGAUACAAUGAUUCAUUGUCUCGCAAUUCUGUUGCUGAAAUUCAAGGCUCAUUAGACCCCCAGAAAGUGGUUCUUGUUAGUGGCCACAUUGAUAGUUGGGAUGUCGGUGUAGGUGCCAUGGAUGACGGUGGUGGUGCCUUUAUCAGUUGGUACGCCUUGGUGGUGCUGAAACAGUUAGGACUCAGACCUAGAAGAACAAUGAGAGCUGUUCUCUGGACAGCAGAAGAACCUGGUUUAGUCGGUUGGUCAGCUUACAACGCGUCCCACUUCCAUGAAUUAGAUAAUUUCACUUUUGUUAUGGAAUCAGAUGAGGGAACCUUUACUCCUUUGGGCGUUGAAUAUGCGGCUGGAACCGAAGGUGGAUGCAUUAUUAAAGAAAUUGUCAAAUUAUUGGCACCCAUAAAUGCAACUCGAGCUGUUGCAAGUGCAAGAGGGGUUGGUUCCGAUAUUAGCUCUUGGACAGAAUCUCUGAUACCCGGAGCAAGUCUUCUUAAUGCAAAUGAAAGGUAUAUCUGGUUUCACCACACUCAGGCCGACAGAAUGGAAGUAUUAGAUCCUGAUAAUUUGGAUAAGGCUACAGCUUUAUGGGCUGUCGUCUCAUACAUUAUAGCUGAUUUGAGUGAGGAUUUCCCAAGAUCAAGAAAUGUUUCAAAUUAAAGUAACAAUGUGAUAAAUCUAGAAAAAAAUUGUUUAAACAUGAAAUUUUCUAGCCUAAAUGUGGUAUUUUAAAUUAAACUCAAUCUUACAACAGAUUCAUUGUUUUAUUAAUUUGUUAUAAUAACUAUUUUACAAUAUAUAAACAUUAAACAAAAGUUUAAAUUUGAAAGGUGGAUAAACCAAACAUUUAAAAAAUAUGUAUUUACAAUAAAAAUAAAGAAACGUGCACCGUUUUUUAAAUAUUUAAUUAGAAACAAGAAGCCUCUUCCGUUAACAAAAUAUUAUUUCAUUACUAUUAGAACAAAGCUAAUAAUGUGAAACUUAAACAGACAAAUAUGCGCAAUAAAUAUCAACAAAUAGUCUACUUCUUACGGUGUUUUAUGCCACCAUUUAUGGCAUAAAAAAAUAAAUAUCCAAAAUUGGAAUAAACUGAAACACCAUAAAAAUAUUCACUUUCUAAUAGAAAAAUAAAUAAGUAAUAAUAAUUUUCAGUUUUCAAAUAAGACUUCUAACUUUUGCAUGUGCGUAUUGCAGUGAGUUAGACUUAUUACUUUACUAAUUUGAUUUUGAGUCUAAAUUAUGGAAAAAAUAGCCAAGGAAUAUUGGCUAUGUAAUAUUUGAAUGACCAAGAAAUAACAGGGAUUUUUUUGCUUUUACUAUUAUAGUACAUUUUUCAAAAACUCGUUGCUCAUGCUCAAUAUUUGUUUUAAUACUAAUUAACUUACUAAGCUAAGUAAUACCUAGGGAAGUAAUAAAGGACGAAAAUACUGUCUGCAAUAUAAGGAGCUAAGGUUUAUUGGUUUAUCUUGGACUUCCAGUGUAGCUCUUUCGCAAUAUCU